AUGGCUUGCUGCUUGGUAAGAAUUUGGUUACUCCUUUUGAAAUAUUGGAUUAUUGCAACUACAUUCUACUGCAGAACCUAAUCCCUUCUCUAACCUUGCAGGUGACAGUGGAUAUCCCCUCAAACAGUGGCUGCACACCCCUUUUUUCAACCCACAGAGGGAAGUUGAAUAGAAUGCGCACCACAGCCAGACGCGUUGAAGUCAAGCGGGCCAUCGGGAUGCUAAAGGGCAGGUGGCAGUGCCUCGAUACCACAGAAGGGAGCCUCUCUCACACACCUACAAAGGUGUGUAAGAUAGUGAGGGCGUGCACUGUGCUGCAUAACAUGGCACAAAAGGAGAAUGUACCUCCAGCUGAUUUCAGUGUUGCCACUAAUGUUGACCCCCAUCUGCUUGUACUUGAAGGAAAUGCUGCCACUGUAUGCCAGCAGCUAGAAGUGAUGUGACACAUAUGAAACGCACAAGAAGUAGAGGGAAAACUUUAAUUUGUUCACCAACUGUUUUAAUGUUGCAUUGAUGUCUGUCAAGACGCAUUUAAUCUCCUGCAACUCUUUGGCCACUUCAUUGAUAGAUGUGAUUAUGUCCCUCUGAUCUUGCAGGACUGCAUCUGUGUGGACACGGCUGCUGUGGGAGGGCACACAUGGUGCUGUGGAGUCACCGGCCUCACUCUCUCCAACCACAGCUGCAGCACCACUAACCAAGCUGAAACACCCAGGGACUGA